UUGUUUAGAACUACGGAGUCUAAAAGUGAAACUGGAAGAAUAACCUCUGCUUUGGCUUCGGACUAUGAUUCUAGCUAUAUACAAGACGGAAAGCAGUCAGUAUCUCAAAUGUUGCUUGUAGAUGAACUGUUGAUGGAAUGGGUCGAAACUGUUCUCAAGAAAGGUGUAAGAGGCUUGAGAGAAGAAUUCUUACAGUUACUGCAGAAGAAAGAAUAUUAUAUUCAAGGCUCGACUAUAAAUACGGUAUCGGAUUUCUGGUAUAUGAUUUAUCAACAGAAAACAGAAUUUAUUAUUAUGCUAACUAAUUUUAACAAAAAUGAACCUGAAAAAUCAGCAAGUCAUUCACCUGUCGAAAGUGGUCAACUAUGUAUAAAUAACGAUAUUGGUUUACACUGUCGUACUUGCGAACGUCGCAUGGAUUUCCCCUCUGAAAUAUGGCAAAAAACUAUUGAAAUAUUUUUGGAUGAAACUAUACAUUUUGUCACAAUCUUUCACUGGACUGAUUGGCCUGCCCACGGCGUACCUCGCGAUUUUAUCAGUCCUUUGCGUCUUCUCGAAGAGGCAAAGUUUAUUUCUUUAAAUAAUAAAAACUUUUUGAAAAGUAAUACACAUAUUUGAAU